AUGGUGACAACCGAUGAAAGUAUAGAUGACAGUAGCAUAAAUGAGCUAAAGAGUAGAACUGCCGAAAAGCUGCGCCUAAUAGAUGCAAUUCAGCAGCUAGGUGUUGGGUAUCACUUUGAAGCAGAGAUUGAACAAGCACUCGAGAAAGUGCAUGCUCUUGGAGACAAAUUAUUCAUCGUGGAUGGUGACAAUAAUGAUCUUUACCAUGCUGCUCUUCGAUUUCGACUCCUUAGACAACAAGGAUUUCAUGUUUCAUCUGAUGGGUUCAAAACAUUGAAAGACGGUGAAGGGAGGUUCAAAGCGUCAUUGGAGUCGGACGAGCAAGGCCUGUUGAGUUUGUACGAGGCAGCACAUGUAGCUUUGAAUGGAGAAGGAAUACUGGACGAAGCUCUGGCCUUCGCAACAAAGACCCUCAAGUCACACAAGAUCUGCAGCCCUGCAUUCCAAAAGCAGGUCCAAUUCGCCCUCCGCCUUCCAAUUUGGAAAUGUGUCCCCAGGUCACUUACUAGACAUUACAUCGAUAUCUAUUCCGAGGAUGCUUCCCACAAUCAAAAACUCCUCGUGUUCGCGAAGCUGGACUUCAACAUGCUGCAGAGUGAUCAUCGAAAAGAACUCAACGAAGUCACAAGGUGGUGGAAAAGUCUUAAUGUGGCGGUCAACUUUCGACAUGCACGUGAUAGAGUUGUCGAGUGCUACUAUUGGAUCUAUGCGGUUUACUUCGAGCCCAAGUAUCACUUGGCAAGGAUGAUAAUCGUCAAGAUCAUAUCGUUGUUGUCACUGUUGGACGACACUUACGAUAACUUUGGUACCCAUGAUGAGGUUGAGAUCCUGACCGCAGCUAUUCAGAGGUUCGAUGUGAGUGCACUUGAAGAGCUACCCGAGACGAUGAAGAACAUGUAUCGUCUAAUCAUAAACGUGUAUGAUGAAAUCGAAACGAAACUUGCAGAAACAGGACCAACUUUUGCAGUUGAUUAUGCUAAGGAAGAGCUGAAGAAAUUGUGUCGCUCCCACUUGACUGAGAUCCAGUGGCGUAGCAAAGGCAAUGCUCCGACGCUAGAGGAGUACAAGGCGUUCGCAUAUAUUACCAGUUGCUGUCCCAUCCUCUGCACUUCUGCUUUCGUCGGGAUGGGAGCAGAAAUAGCCACCAGAGAGGCCUUUGAAUGGGUGAUCAAUGAAUCUAAUAAGAUGGUUAGAGCCGGCUCUAUCAUUUUUAGGCUUCAAAAUGACAUUGUUUCUCACAAGUUUGAGCGAAAUAGAAAGCAUGCAGCUUCAGCAGUAGAAUGCUACGUAAAGGAGCAUAUGGCAUCGGAGGAUGAAGCAGUUGAAUUUCUUUGGACGGAGAUUUCUAAAGCAUGGAAGGACAUUGCUGAAGCGUGCCAAAAGCCAACACCAUUAUUAGUAGCCCUCACAGACCGUGUUCUCAACUUCGCACGCUCAAUUAGUGUUAUAUACGAAAAGGAAGAUGGCUAUACAAAUUCCUACCUCUUGAAAGCCCACCUCAGUUCAUUAUUUGUUGAUCUUAUUCCUCUUUGA